CCCUCACCCGCACUCUGUCCUUCUUUCUUCUCUUCUUCCUUCUUCCCCUCUAUAAUAUCUCGCUCCUGCUUUCUCCCCCCCUUCCCCUCCCCCUUCCCAUACAGUCAUGGCAACGGCAGAAGGAAGCAGUUCGCAGGUCACGUACGACCACAUCUUCAAGAUCAUCCUCAUUGGAGACAACGGAGUCGGGAAGUCUAGCUUCAUUCGCCGGUUCUGCGAGGGGUCGUACGUCGCCAACAUGGAAACCACCGUCGGCGUCGAUUUCUAUCUCAGUGAAAUCGACAUAAAUGGAAAAAAGAUUAAGGUGAAGAUCUGGGACACGGCAGGCUCUGAGAAAUACAUGUCAAUAUCAGCCGUCUACUACAGAAAGGCUGAUGGUGUGGUAUUUGUAUUCGACGUGACAAAACCGCGAUCAUUCACAAACAUAGAGACAAUAUGGAUGAAUGCAGUCGAUGCUCCAGAGAGCGGAUGUCCGGAGGCCAUCAAGCUACUAGUCGGGAAUAAGUGUGACUUGCCUGCAGAAGUCGACUUGUCACAAGCAAAGAGAUAUGCCGAGCUCCACGACAUGCUGUUCCUUGAAGCGAGUGCCAAGAACAACCACAACGUAAGGGAGUGUUUCCUCCACCUGGCGAGGGAGAUAUGCGAGCUGAAGGCACAGCAGCAGCCACAGACUUUCCCGAACGCAGACCUGACUCCAAGCAUCAAACUGAAGCAGUCGUAUCCAGUAGAGAGAGAAAGUCAAAAAGAAGGAGGAGGAGGAGGGUGCUCGUGCUAGCACACCGCACGCAUGUAUAUAAUAUGCGUGUGUGUGAGUUUAUCAUAGCCUCAAUUUUCACUCCGCAGCAUCGUGUGUGUGUAUGUAUGUCUGAUCCAAUGAAGCACUAUAAUUAUUAUACAGGUCUAUUCUGCACCAGUGUAUAUAUGUAUAUAUGACCGGCAGAUGUGUGUGUAUGUAUGUCUGUAUCUGUAUAUACACUUCAGAAAAAUUGUUAUAAUAAAUUGUUUACAGAAGCGAUAUCUUUAUCUCUAUAAAUUGUGUAAACAACCGAGUUUUAAAAAUCAGUAACAGCAGGAGCUAGUGAAGGGAAAUAUCUAUUUACAGAGUCAUUCGAGGCGGAGAUAGCCAACCUUCCAAAAGCUCUGUCCACACCUCUGUCCAGGUGGUAGACUAACAUUACUCCGACACAGCAGCAGACGUAGCCACAGACACUCCCCCCUCGAGAGUGGGAGGGGCUCCACCCCUUGGUCACGUGACCAGGGGCGGAGCCAGUCUCCGUGGCAACCACGUAGAGCAGCUUGAGGGCUGGGAAGUUCUCAGAACAGUGGGAGGAAGAAAUACCUUCAAAAGUGGAAAAAUAGACACAAUUAUUGCAACACAGACAAUCAUCAGAAUGAAUCCUCAUUUCAAGGGUGUCCUUAG